UAGGUCAUACUGUAACAAGGUCGGCUCGGUCAACGUUAGGUGUCCCUAUCCACGACUUGCCUUGUCAAUUUUGUUCCUCCUAUGCUGCUAGAGCACAAAGUUGAGCCUUCCCCUUCAGCACGUUCUUGCUAAGCCAUAGCAUGCUUCGAGGUAGACUUUCCCUUCACGCGCACGACUGCGCGGCCUAUCCCCUUGUAGCACCCAUUUCUGCCGACCAAAACGAGUCGAGUCAACUCGAAGUCUUCAAACAGCACGGCCUAUCCUCUCUGUAUCACCCAUUUCCCAUUCGCGUUGACCUAAACGAAUCGUAACGCGCAAGAGCUCGGCGCGCAGCAGGAGCUCGGCGAGCGCAUGACACUAGGCUUCCAAUGUCGUCGGCCAGCAAGACACGCCAAGACAUGGCGGCUGAAGUAAAAGGCCUCUUCGGAACGCCAACGGAGUCGCUAGAAGACGCUUUAGCGCGCCUCGCUGGUAGCAAUCUUAGCAGCAGCAAACCGAGCAGCAGCAAGCCGAGCACCAGUAAACCUAGCAGCAGUAAUCCGAGCAGCAGCAGUCCUAGCACCAAACCGGCCGAAUAUCAAUACUCCUCUUCACCCAACCAGACCGCAAACUCGCGACGAGCCUCUCUAGGGUCUCGCCUAGCCAAACCUUUCGCGGCUAUCGUUCCGUCCUUUUCUCGCGCUUCCCCUUCAACUUCUGCUCAACAGCAGCUCGAUCCCGACCCCGAGUUUCCCGAGGACUACCGUUACGACGGGAACUCAAUAGCGGAGAUGGAUUCGUUAAGCGGCGACACCUUGGAUUUCACGCUCAUGGGAACGCCGUCCGAGUCUCUGGAAGACGCCAUCGCCCGAGCCUCGGAGGAAGCCUCGGAGCCGAGCCUGGCUAGCGACGGCCGGAUGAGCAUGGGUACAGGAGUAAGGUCGGGUGGGAGCGCGGCGGGAUCGAGCGCUGCGUCGGCACGGGCGGUAGUUUCUCGUGGUGCGGGCGGCAGUGCGGGCAAGAGCGACGCGUUUAUGAACUCUGCGGUGAGGCGCAUGAGGGACGAGCUCGCGUCGAUGGGGCAGGCGGAGGAGAGCCUGGACGACGCCAUUGCGCGGGCUACUACCGCGGGGUCCGCGGGCAAUUCCUAUGCGGCUGCGGGGAACUCUCACGCCUCUGGCGGUUCACGUGGCGCAAGCAAGAGCGAGGAGGUUAUGGACGGUGCAGUGCGGCGGAUGCGGGAGGAGCUGGCGGGGAUGGGGCAGGCGGAGGAGAGCCUGGACGACGCCAUAGCGCGGGCCACUAACGCGGGGUCCGCGGGCAAUUCCUAUGCGCAACCCGCGGGCAAUUCCUGUGCGCCGUCGGCGGGAGUAAUCGAUGCGCUCGAGCAAGGCUCGCGCGUUCCAGGAGAUUCUUCAGGAGAUUCUCCAGGGGCUGGCGAGAGCGACCCUGGGAUGGACGCAGCAGUGCGGAGGAUGCGGGAGGAGCUGGCGCUGAUCCGGCAGGCGGAGAGGGAGCUGGCGCAAUCGGGGGAGCGCGAGGUGAGCCUCGACGCCGCCCUGGAAGCAGCUCUUUCCCGCGCUACCUCUGCUGCCUCGGGUGGUGCUGCUGCCUCGGCUGGUGCUGCUGCUGCUCGUGAUGGUGGGGUUGCGGCUGGUGGGAGUGCGGCUGGGGGGAGUGAUCCGAGCAUGGAUGCGGCAGUGAGGGGGAUGGCGGCGGAGCUGGCGGGGAUGGGGCAGGCGGAGGAGAGCCUGGGAGACGCCAUUGCUCGUGCUGCCAGCGCUGCCUCUGCCCGUGAUAGGAGCAGUGCGGCUGGGGGCAGUGGGGUUGGGGGCAGUGCGGCUGGGGGCAGUGGGGCUGGUCGCAGCGACCCUGGUAUGGACGCGGCAGUGAGGGGGAUGGCGGCGGAGCUGGCGGGGAUGGGGAAGGCGGAGGAGAGCCUGGAAGUCGCCAUUGCUCGUGCUGCUGCUGCUGGUAGCGCUAGUGCUGCUGGUAACGCUGCUGCUAGUGCUGCCGGUGCUGGUAGUGCUGCUGGUGCUGCCUCUGCCCGUGAUGGGGGCAGUGGGGCUGGGGGCAGUGGGGCUGGGGGCAGUGACUCCUACAUGGAUGAAACUGUGAGGCGGAUGAGGGAGGAGCUCGCUUCCCUUGGACAAGCGGAGGAGAGCCUGGAAGACGCCAUUGCACGUGCUGCUGCUGCUGGUGCUGCUGCUGGUGCUGCUGCUGGUGCUACUGCUGGUGCUACUGCUGGCAGUGCAACUGGUGGUGGUGGUGCCUACGGCCAGCUAAACGCAACCUGCUCUCAGCUCGAUCCAAACCCCGAGUUCCCAGAGGACUACCUCUACAACGGAGAUUCGUUCAUGGACUCGGGCUCUCUAGGCUCGCUGCACUCUCUGGGGUAUCUGGGGGCCACGGGGUCUCACGGCGCGCUCGGCACUGGGGUCACCCGGGAAUUCUCCCACCUUAGCGCGCCCACAGAGUCGCUAGAGGAGGCUAUAGCCCGGGCUGCCAGCGCGGCGGGUGCUGAGGGUGCUGGUGGUGGUGGGGGAUCGAGGAGAGCAUGGGGGGAUGCUGGUGCGCCUUCUUCUGCUGCUGCAGCAGGGUAUGGUGUGCUUGCGGCUGCUGGUUCGGCAGGGUAUGCUGUGCGUGCGGCUGCUGGUUCGGCAGGGUAUGGUGUGCCUGCGGCUGCUGGUGCAGCAGGGUAUGCCGCGCCUGCUGCUGCUGGUGCGGCUGGGUCUGCUAGGUCUGCUGGGAGGAGGGAUUUGGCUUUGGACGAAGCAGUGAGGGAGAUGAAGGAGGAGCGGGCGAGUAUGGGGAAGGCGGGUGAGAGCUUGGAGGAUGCCAUUGCACGUGCUACUGGGGUGGCUGAUGCUAGUAGGUUUGCACACAGUGCUUCUCGUGGUGCUGCUGCUAGUGGUGCUGCUGCUAGUGGUGCUGCUGCUACUGCUGCUGCUGCAAGGUCGCAUGAAGCAGGGACGAGUGGCUCGGACCCAAGUAUGGAUGCAGCAGUGAGGGCGAUGAGGGAGGAGCGGGCGAGUAUGGGGAAGGCGGAGGAGAGCCUGGAGGAUGCCAUUGCACGGGCUGCUGGGGCGGCUGAUGCUGCCUCAGCGGGAGGCGAUUCCUUCGCCUCGGGGGGCUAUUCCUAUGCCUCCUCGGGUCGAUCCCAUGCGGCAGCAACAACAGGCGCCUCCCAAGCUUCUCCGGGGGUGCAAGGGGGAGGGAGAAGUGGUGCGGGAGGGGGUGGUGCAGACAUGGAUGCGGCAGUGAGGGGGAUGCGAGAGGAGCGGGCGAGUAUGGGGAAGGCGGAGGAGAGCCUGGAGGAUGCCAUUGCACGGGCUGCUGGGGCGGCUGAUGCUGCCUCAGCGGGAGGCGAUUCCUUCGCCUCGGGGGGCUAUUCCUAUGCCUCCUCGGGUCGAUCCCAUGCGGCAGCAACAACAGGCGCCUCCCAAGCAACAGGCGCCUCCCAAGCUUCUCCGGGGGUGCAAGGGGGAGGGAGAAGUGGUGCGGGAGGGGGUGGUGCAGACAUGGAUGCGGCAGUGAGGGGGAUGCGAGAGGAGCGGGCGGGGAUGGGGAAGGCGGAGGAGAGCCUGGAAGACGCCAUUGCACGUGCUGCUGGGGGGGCUGAUGGUGGUAGGUUUGCACAUAGCGCUUCUCGGCAUGCUGCUGCUAGUGCCAGUGGUGGUGCUUCAGCAGCAGUCGCCUCUCAGUCUUCCAGGGGGGCACAGGGGGAGGGGAGGAGUAAUGCAGGGAGGAGUGCCGGGGGUAUGGAUGAAGCAGUGAGGGGGAUGGCGGCGGAGCUGGCGGGGAUGGGGCAGGCGGAGGAGAGCCUGGAAGAGGCUAUCGCGCGUGCUGCUGGCGCUGCCAGUGCUGGCGCUGCUGGUGCUGCUGGUACUGCUGGUACUGCUGGGGCGUGGCAGCAGGCUGUGAUUCCCCCCCCAGCCGGGGGCUGGCAGCAGGCUGCUAAUAGCGCGCCCCUACCUCUCCCCCCCGCCGCCCCUGUCAUCAUCGGAACAGCUGCCAUCCCCCAACAUGCCAUACCCCCGCGUGUGAUUCCCCCAGCUGAGUUCACACCCUCGAAACGAACCGGCCCCAAGGGAAGCAGCACUAUCAUCCCAUCGUCCAACGAAAGCUGCACAGCCAUUCCCCCCUCCAACGCCUCCCUUGCCACCACUGCCACCAAUGCUUCUAGUGCCGCCAUUCGCCCCUACGGCGCCUCUAUGGCGUCUACCAGCACCUGGAGCAGCAGCCUCAGUAACAGUAACGCGUCGAGCGUCGGGCUUAAUCACGACGAUUAUGGAUUAAUCUCCACUUUUGGGUUGCCGAAUGAGUCUUUGGAAGAAGCUAUAGAGAGGGCGUCUGUGGCUGCUAGCUCGAAUCGAUCCAGUAUAGACGGGGAUGCUGUUCAGGGGUCUAAUGGCGGGUAUGCUAGUAUGGGGUAUAAUAGUGCUGGGUUGGGUUACAGUGGUGGUAGUGUGCUGAGUGCUGGUGAUGGUUUUAAUGGGGCUUGUGGGAGCAGCGGUGCGGGGAGCGAGCCGAUUGGGGGUGAGAAUAGGUAUGGUCCUGGUGCUGGUGCUGGUGCUGGUGGUGCUGGUGCUGGUGCUGGUGCUGCUGUUGCUGUUGGUGGUGGUGCUGCUGCUGCUGCUGCUGCUGCUGCUGUUUCUGUGGGUGCUGCUGGUGGGAGUGCUGAAGUGACGGACGGAAAUAAGAAGAGGCACGGAGUAAAGGGAAUGCUGGCUCAGGCAUUCAAAUGGGGAGGGAAGCACCACUCUCACAAGAAUGAUUCCGGACCCCUCUCCUUACCCGCCUCACAACCCCCCGCUGUUGCUGCUGCUGCUGCCGCCGCCGCGACUUCUGUCACCACCACUGCUGACGCUGCCGCUGCCGCCACUGCCGCCGCUGCUGCCGCUGCAGCAGCAGCAACUGGCACCGCAUCUAACCACGCAGUGCCGCUCCUCCCGUUCGACUCAGACGAUGCCGCUGCCGAUGAAUCCUCAGUGGGGAUCACGAUGAUGUUCACCAACCUCGCAACGGCCAAGCGGGCCGAGAUGAACCGCCAUGGAAAAACAGGGUCGGGGUCGCAGAUAGGCGGCUCCGAGGCUGGGUCGAUACUGUCCCCCAGGGGGUUUGCUCGGGGGUUUGGCGCGAUAGAGGAGGGGGAGGAGGAGGAGGGGCGCCUGUCAGGGUACAGCUCGUCCACCCACUCCUCUGGGAAUUCUGGUUCCAGAGGCCGGCAUUCCCCGUCUCGUUCACAUGCACAUGGAGGGGGGUUGCUGGGGCAUGGGGCAGGGGGCUAUGGGGUUGGGGUUGGGGUUGGGGUUGCGAGUGGGCGUGCAGGGAGGUAUGGCUCAGGGCAGAUGGUGGUUCCACCCUUGCCUUUUUCCGAUGCGAAACCAGCUGCUGAGCAGGCAGCAGCCGUGGCAGCGGCUCAAGCAGCUGCCAAGUUAAGAAAGGGAGGAGGAGGGGGGAGAGCGGGAGCGGGAGGGGGAGGGGGUAUGCCAGGUCCGUUAGGGUAUAGUGAGGAGGAUGAUAGUGAGGGUGCUGGUGGUUUGGGUUACACUGCUGUUUUUGCCAACAUGGCAGUAGCAGCCAAUCGCAAGCCGCGGAAGUGGGCCUCUGGUGCCAGCUCAGCAACAGGAUCAGUCGCAGGUGACGAUCUGGAACGUGACUAUAGUGAAAGGGCUCUGCCAGUCUACGGUAUCCACAGCGGUCAAAGGAGCGCUCCUGUAAGCGAUGUUCCUCAACAGCAGCAGGCAGCAGGCCUGUACAUGCAUGGGAUGCCAGGUGCUUCUCCAGGUCCUGGCUCAGGUGCCUUUUCAGGUGGUUAUGCAGCAGGAGGUGGGGCAGGGGGAGAACCCCCCCUGGCCCCUCCUCCUGGCCGGGUGGUGAUGGGCAGCAGGAGGCGGCUGGCAGGGGGGGGAAGGGAGGGCGUGCAGCAACUGCUGAAGCAGCACCAAGAAAUGCCAGAAGGCUUAUUCAACCCUUCUUAGUUUCCAUUCAGCUCCUUGAUUUCGCUGCAGGGCUUUCACCUGUUGGUAGAGUCCUUUGCAGUGUGCUAACUGGUAGUGUUGCGUCGUGUUGGUUUGGAUUGUGGGAAAGGUGAAAAUAAGGCUUCCAGGCCGUAGAAUUUUGAAGCCAUUGCGGACUAGCCUUCUUCUGAGUGUGAGUUCACCUUGUUAUGCUGGGCCUUAUUUGUUCCUCCUCUUGCUACCAAUAAC